AAGUUCCGCCAAGCGCAGGAAGUGACGCGACCUGUGUGCGGCGAUGGCGCUGGAGACGGUGCCCAAGGACCUGCGGCACCUGAGGGCCUGUCUGCUCUGCUCCCUGGUGAAGACCAUCGACCAGUUCGAGUACGACGGGUGCGACAACUGCGACGCCUACCUGCAGAUGAAGGGCAACCGCGAGAUGGUCUACGACUGCACCAGCUCCUCCUUCGACGGGAUCAUUGCUAUGAUGAGCCCUGAGGACAGCUGGGUUUCCAAGUGGCAGCGAAUCAGUAACUUCAAGCCUGGUGUGUAUGCGGUGUCCGUUACUGGUCGUCUGCCUCAAGGGAUUGUACGGGAGCUGAAGAGCCGAGGCGUGGCCUACAAAUCCCGAGACACAGCAAUAAAGACCUAAGGAGCCAUUAAGUCACAUAGAGGAGUCCUUGGUGCUCUGCCAGCAUUCCUGUUGCAUAUAUGUUGGAGUACAGAGACUGCUCUAGAGCACUGUUCUGGUGGUUUUCAGCACUAGAGUAGGGAAAAGCAAGCGGGAACUUGCAUCGGGGGUCCUUGGAUCAACUCUAUCCUGUCUGUGUUCUGGACUCUUCUGAUACCACUCCUUUUGCCCAGAGAAUAGCAAUAAAGAAUCUGAUGGGGUGGGGGGGGGGGCAGGCCUCAUGACCUGAAAGGGGGGAAGAGAAGGGGGGGGGGGCCGUACUUGUGAUUUUUUUUUUUGUAAAUAUACCCAAUAAAUCAAACAAGGUUCCUUGGGUGAAUUUGAUAUCUUUUAUUAGACCAACCCAAAUGGUUGGAGAAUAAUUAUUAAGCAAGCUUUCGGGUUCAAAAACCCUUCGUCAGGCUAAGGAAGCUUCAGCAGUUGCUGCGUGCUCUUCCUGGAUGGAAUGAAGAGUAAACAAGCCAGGGGCUGGGCUGGGCGGGGGAGUCAGUUGCCAGGCAGAUUGUAAUGUAUCAAAAAUCCAAUGUCUGUGUUUAGUCCCUGAUCUCUAGUAUCCAGCAGGUUGAUGAAAUGGAGCUCAUAGGCUCGUCUCUGGGAAGUGUUGUGUAAGUUUCCGUUGAGGAUCAGGACUGAGAGAUUGGAGAGACAUUUCUUGUCAUGGCACAGUCUGGAUCCUUUUGGUGUGUUCUGGGGUUGAGGAAGUUUGCUUCUGGUGAUGAGGUUGGUGAGGUUCGGUGCUUGUCUGAAGGCUAGGAUGGGUGGCUCUGGGAAGAUCUUUUUAAGAAUAGGGUCUUUUUCUAAUAUGGGUUGCAAUUUUUUGAGGAUUUUCCGUACAGGUUCAAGGGAGGGGUGAUAGGUCAUAACCAGCAGUGUGCGAUUUGUGGGUGUUUUUCUUCUGUACUGCAGCAGUUCUUCACGUGGUAUCCAGGUGGCUCUUUCAAACGUGCAAUCUACCGCUCUGGAGGAGUGUCCUUGCUGGGUGAAAGCCUUUUUAAGAUUGGUGAGGUGGCAAUCCCGGGUGUUCUCUUCAGUACAGAUGCGGUGGUAUCUGAGGGCUUGGCUGUAUAUCACAGCUUUUUUGGUGUGUUUAGGGUGAUUGCUGGUUCUGUGCAGAUAUGUAUGUUGGUCUGUGGGUUUCUUGUAUACUGUGGUCUGUAUUUUACCCUUCUGGAUACUGAUCCUUGUGUCUAAGAAGGGGGUGUUGGUGUUGGAGUAUUCUAAAGAAAGUCGGAUGGAGGGAUGGUGACUGUUGAAUUUCUGGUGGAACUCAAUUAGAGAUUCCAGGUUCUCGCUCCAAAUGAUGAAGAUGUCAUUGAUAUAUCAUAAGUACAGCAAGGGUUUGAUGGUGCAGUUCUUGAGGACGUCUUCUUCCAGGUGGCUCAUAAAAAGGUUGGCAUACUGUGGGGCCAUUUUAGUGCCCAUAGCUGUUCCCAUCAUCUGGAGGAAGUGUUGAUUAUUAAAAGUGAAAUUGUUGUGUGUGAGGAUGAAGUGUAUAAGCUCAGUGAUAUCUUUGGGUCUGUAUUCUAGGUUGUAAUCUUGUUCCUGUAGAUAUGUAAGGCAGGCAUGGAUGCCAUCCUGGUGUGGGAUGUUGGUGUAUAGGCUGGUAAUGUCCAUGGUGGCUAGGAGUGUGUUGCUGGGAAGGUGCUCUAUGUUUUUAAGUUUCUGUAGUAAGUCUGUGGUGUCUUGGACAAAACUUGCUCUGUGGGUGACAAGCGGUUUUAGGAUGGAUUCAACAAAACCUGAUAUUUCUAGACCGUGCCACGACAAGAAAUGCAAAACCUGCCCCCACAUCUCCACCACCUCCACUAUUACUACACCCCACAACAGAGCCAUCAGCAUCCCAGGAUCUUACAGCUGCACCUCCAGGAAUGUAGUAUACCUCAUCCAAUGCACCAAAUGCCUUGAUGGAAGAUAUGUAGGAGAGACCAGACAACAACUGCGCACCAGAAUGAACGCACACCGAAAAUCUAUCAAAGACAGAAACACCCAAUUACCAGUGGGGGCACAUUUCUCACAGGAGGGCCACUCUCUCUCCAAUCUCUCAGUCCUGAUCCUCAAGGAAAACUUACACAACACUUCCCAGAGAUGAGCCUAUGAGCUCCAUUUCAUCAACCUGUUGGAUACUAGAGAUCAGGGACUAAACAUAGACCUUGGAUUUUUGAUACAUUACAAUCUGCCUGACAACUGACUCCCCAGCCCAGCCCAGCCCAGCCCCUGGCUGCUUUACUUCUCAUUCCAUCCAGGAAGAGCACACAGCAACUGCUGCAGCCUCCUUAGCCUGACGAAGGGUUUUUGAACCCGAAAGCUUGCUUAAUAACUAUUCUCCAACCAUUUGGGUUGGUCUAAUAAAAGAUAUCAAAUUCACCCAAGGAACCUUGUCUGCCUAUAUCCUUAGACCAACACGGCUACAACCUAAACCCAAUAAAUCAUGCACUCAGUUGUUUGCCA